CCAUCACCCUGGCGUCACCCUCCCCGCUGGGCGGCUAUGCAGAGGCAGUGACGUCACCGGGCUGUUUCUCGCUCCCUUCCUGCUGCAUCACAACAGCUCGAGUAGCAAUAGUGACCGGGGGGACAGGAUAUUCACAGCCAAUUCAUUGAUAGAAUAACUCCGUUGACGUUGCAGCACUCAACAACAUCCUAACACGGGGGUAACGGACAGGAACUGGUUGCAGUGCGAUAACAACGCUUCAGCUGUUGGGAUAUGGCCAGGCCGGAACAGGUUCUGCUCUUGGAGCCUCAGCACGAACUGAAAUUCCGAGGUCCAUUCUCAGACGUGGUCACCACAAAUCUCAAGCUCUCCAACCCUACAGACAGGAAUGUGUGUUUCAAGGUGAAGACAACAGCGCCGCGUCGGUACUGUGUGCGGCCAAACAGUGGAAUCAUUGAUGCGGGCACCUCAAUCAACGUCUCAGUUAUGCUGCAGCCUUUUGACUACGAUCCCAAUGAGAAGAGCAAACACAAGUUCAUGGUCCAGUCCGUGCUAGCACCUCCUGACAUGACUGACAUGGAGGGAGUGUGGAAGGAGGCUAAGCCAGAUGAGCUGAUGGACUCCAAGCUGAGGUGUGUUUUUGACAUGCCAGUGGAGAACGAAAAAACGCAUGACAUGGAGUCCAACAAGAUGAUGUCGUCCAGCUUGCUGAAGUCAGACUCCUCCACGCUGCCUGCGAAGUCAAUGAGCUCCACCCUUGAUGACGGGGAGGUCAAGAAAAUCAUGGAGGAAUGUAAGAGGCUGCAGAUGGAGGCUCAGAGGCUACGGGAAGAAAACAAACAGAUCAGGGAGGAUGAUGGUCUUCGGAUGAGGAAGAGUAACGUGAUGUCAUCUCAGCACUCAUCCAUUGGCAUGAAGAAAGAUGAGGGCUUGAGCGCCCGCACAAUGCUCCUCAUCGUGCUCUUCUUUGUGGUGGGCGUCAUCGUGGGCAAGUUGGUCUUGUAGAUGGCAGCAAAUUUUGGUCGGCCGCAGCAUGCUUUCAGGGGGAUGAAAACAAACACAGGAUCUUGGAUUUUGGAUCAGAAAUGCCAUAUCCGCUGGGUGGGGAGUGGUACUAGUUUUGAUUCAGUCUGAUUUAUGUAAACAAUUUCAAAGGUAAUGUAUGAGAAAAUAAAGAGGAAAAAAAACGAUUCAUCAUCUUAUCAACAAACCUACUGUUACAGGUCUUGCCUCUACGUAAUCAUCACAUAAUCAUUCUGGCCCUCUUUCCCAAAGUUGUAUGUAUACAGUGGCUGGUUCUUUGGGGUGGGGGGACAAUGGAAACAUGAUUUAAUGCUAGUGAUCCAGACCAAUUUUCUAACACCGGCGAGGUAGUGUUGGUGCGACUGAGUCAGUUCGCAAUUGUGUGAAUGUCAUUUUAGUGUAUUGUUUCUUUUUCCUAAUGACGGAGGCCAGAGCCUAUGUAUAUGUAAUCCCCCCCUGCCC